CCCAGCCGCUCUGCGCCAUGUGGGAUCUUCCCGGACCGGGGCACAAACCCGUGUCCCCUGCGUCGGCAGGCAGACUCUCAACCACUGCGCCACCAGGGAAGCCCGUGAAGCUUCUUUUAAAGCAGUGGUCCUCAGCAGGGGGUGACUUUUGCUUGCCAGGGGACAUUCGGCAGUGUCUGGAGACAUUUUGGUUGUCACAACUGCGGGGAGGGGGUCUAGGGUGUAGAGGCCAGGGGUGCUGCUAAACACCCCGCAGUGCACGGGGAAGCUCCCACCACGAAGAAUUACUCAGCCCGAAGUGUCAGUAGUGCUGUGCUGAGGUUGAGCAACCCUGGCGCAGUACCCGGGCCACCAAGUUACUUCUCAUUGACUGCCCCUCCCUGCCUCAGUUUCCCCAGGGGUUAGAGGAGGAACUUGGAAUAAGCCUAAAUGAGGUAAGCGGUAAGGAGGUGUGAGGGCAGUUACGCCCUAGCAGUAGGCCUCCCUUGGUGCCACAAGCCGGCCUCUUCCCUGCUUAAACCACGAGCCCUGCAGGAAGCAGUUCUCGGUGCUCUGGGGGAGGCGCUGGGAACAGGGGCCCUCUCACAGCUCUGUCCUGGAGUGUUUCGCCCCUAGGGCACCUCCCACACAGGGUGAGCCAGGGCAACCCUGGAGGUCGAAUACCCCUGUGGGGGGCCGGGGCGCGAGCUCUGUUCUCAUAGGUUUUCCCAACGCUGGAUUGCUAGGUGGGCCUGGACGCCUGACGCCAUGUGACCAGCUGUAAUUUUCCCUUCUGAACCCACACCUGACUCCUCAGUCACUUACACCAGGAAAAUAACAUCUGAGGAAUAACAGGGCGCCUAAUUCCUUGCAGCUCCCCAAUCUGCUUCCCUCCUGCAGUAGGAAGUUCCACCGUGGCUGUGGGAACCCUGGGUGAGACGAGAGGCCCGGGGUGGGCCCAGCUGCUGGUGGAGUGAUGCGCCCCCUGCUCGUGGUGUUAGCUCAGCACCAGUGAGAGAUGGAGGACAGCAGAGCCACAGGCCUGGGGUUCCCCCGGUAGGCAUGACUUUGAAUUAUUUGGGUUGGACUCAAGGAGUAUGCUCCCGCUUUGUAGGGAAUUGGGGCGAGGGGCUGUCACAGAGGGGCAGGAUGGGAUGAAGCAGCCGUUCAUGCCCAGGAGCCCAGGCCACCUCACUGCCCUCCCUUCCCACUUCCUGACAAUAUCCAUCCCUCCCUCCCCCCACCACCCUGUUCACUUCUGGACCCUGGCCUCCUGACCUGGGAACCCUGGUGGGGUCAGAGGGCAGGUGGCAGUUUCUGGUUUGACUUUUGCUUUUUGGGGCUUCUUUUGGUCUUUUAAGUUUAAAAGGCUGGAGUGAGACUUUCAUCUGUUCAGCUGAAAAAAAAAACAACCCCAUAAUAGUGACCCCCAUCUGUUGUGUGCCUCUCAAGGCACAAAGCAGCAUUCAGACUUGGACAGAGCUGUUCAGGAAGUAAUUGUCAGGGCCUGACAUCGAACCUGGGCUGUCUGUUCCCAGGCCCAGCCCUAAAACCUUCUGCCACCUGCCAGCAAGAGUACCAGGUGACUCCUACCUGAUGUGCUCAUUUCUGAGCUGCAGCCAUACCUGGUGUAACCCACACGCACAUAUGCACACAGGCACACGCUCAUUGCCUAGAUGGGGACUCCUGGCCCUCGAAGAGGAGGAAUAAUCACACCGGAAAUGCACUGUGGGAGCAGCUGGGGUCCGAGCCCAGCUCUGGGUCAGUGGUGGUGUUUUCACUGUGGCCAGAGCUCUUCACAGGGUUCCUGUUGAUUUGCUGUGUGCACUUGUCCCCAGGCGAGACCCCAGACGAGAGCAGGAAGUCAGGGGUGUAUGUUUGUGCAUGUGACUGGGAUGAGCCACCUGGCGCCUCCCUUGGGGUUGGGAUUGGGGUGGCCCCGGCCCCCUGCCUGCCACCUGGUGCAGCAUCAGGGGAGAUGUACUCUCCAGGUUGCGGUUCCCCUUGGGUCUCUGUGACACCCACUUUGGAGCAGGCCUCAGUUUUGCCCCGGCCACCACGGGGAUUUCCAGAGUGAGCUCACGCCUCUGCUCCCAGUUUCCCAUCCGGCUGGGCCAGGCCGGGGGAGGAGUGGCGGGGACGUCAGUGCAGGCUGACCUAGCGCGUGGGGACCCCGGCAGGGAGGCUGCCGUGCAAGGGCAGCUCUCAGGACUGGCAUAAAGGAAACAGUUUCUUCUCAACUUCAGGGCAGUAUAGACAGCCACAGUGUCCACAUUCCCUCACGCGGUAAGUUUAUCCAGGGACCCAGAUGCAAGACUUGAGGUUUCAAAGCUACGGGAAGGCACAUUCCAAGCCCCUCUAGGAAAGUGGUUGGAGCUAAGCGGGCAGGGCAGACGAGGUGGGCCAUCAGGGACGCUGGUCUGGAGGGUGAGGGGCAGCAGUGGGAGGGGGUGAUUCCCAGCUUGGGGAGCCGGGCCCAAAGGCUGGCAGGCACCUGGGCUAUGAGAGUGUGGUCAGUAGGAUGGGGGUCACUUGAGUAGUCCGUGCCUCAGUUUCCCCAGUGGGCUCACAGUAGUCUACUUGGGAGGGUUGCUGUGAGGUUUCCAGUGGCGACUCAUGUAAAGCCUGGGCAGGUGCCCGGCUGCACUAAGAAUGCAGUGGGCGAGCUGUCACAGUAACAGGAACGUGUCUGUGUGCCCUGGCACAGACUCAUGGUGAUGCCAGAGGUCUUACCUCGUCUCUUGAGCUGUUGGGGGGAGGAGGUGAGAACAUACUGCAGAAAGGCAGCACCGCUGUUAUCCUGCAGAAGUGGCUGUGUCUGGGGGGGAGGGGACCCCCAGCACCACGGAGGCCAUGGGAACAGUGGGUGGGUUUCCAUCUGGGAGUGGGGGAUCAGGCUGUGAACUGCUGGCCCCCGCCCUGCAGCAUGUGCGUCAUGAUGGUGGGGGUGGUGGUCGUGGAGGCCGUGUCCUUCAGCCCUUGCUCCCUCUGGCCGGGCUUCUUGGAGGUGGGAGCGGGGUAAGCUUGGUUUUCUCUGCCUCCCACGUGUGGCCCCGGAGCUUGUGGCGAGAGGGUCCUCAGGUGGUCCUGCCCGGCUGCCAGCAAGAAGCACCUUUUCCCUCUCCUGGUGGCUCUCCCCAGGUCAUGCCUCUAGUGUGGGCCCCAAAGCCCUGGAAGAGAAGGUGGGAGAGCUGCCGUGGGACCGGGCAGAGGCAGGACUUGGAACUGCAGUCUGGCCUGAGCCCUGGCUGUUUAGCUCAUGGCUUUAUCAGCCAAUGACAAUCGUGAGAUAAGGACAAGGGUGAGAGGAUGCUUGUGAAAGUCCUUAGAUAAGCUGGGAAGUGGCAUCAGGCCUUAGGUGAUGUCAUUUCUGCUUGGCGGGCUGGGAGGGACUCAUGAGUCAAAGGCCUGUGCACCUAAAACUCGUCCGCAGCGCCUGAGUCACCACCCCACUGCCCGUUCUUUUGCCACUUUGCUUGACCAGUUCCGAGGUGGCAGGAGGCCACAGCCCCACCACGUAACUAUGUAACCUUGGACAGGGGACUUCACCCCUUUGAGCCUCAGUCUCCCCACCUGUCAAACAGAGAUCUGUCAACUCUGGAACUCUUGGCUCAGAUGUAGAAACCAAGUGAGCGAUGGUGGCAGAGGUCAGCUGGGAAUAAUAGAAGCUACCAGUUACCAGCCACCAAUUGUGUCCCAGGCACUGUUCACUCAUGAUCUCGUGUCAUCCCUGGGGAUGGGGGCUGCAUCAUAUCAUUUUGCAGCAGAGGAAACUGAUGCUCAGAAGUGAUAACUUGCCCAGUCUCCCAGCGGGUAGGUGGCCAAGCCAGGGUUUAAGCCCUGUCUCCAGCUCCCCAGCCCUCAUUUCUCAACAAGAGAACCCAUACAGCUCCAAAGCAAGAUGAGGGGAUGGGGUUGGUGACGUGUGUGGAGAGCUCCCGUGGUCUGAGUGGCCCGGAUGGCCCACGUCCAUGUGCCCCGAAGCCCUCGCAGCAGCCUUUGGGGCUGGGGCCAGCCUCUUCCAGGGAAGGAGCAAAGCCCCAGGGCAGGAUUCUGGGAAGUCUGGUUUAUUAGCUCCUUAAUAACUGUUUACAAGCUGAAAAGUGUUUGCCUGGCAUGUUGCCUCCCUGCUGACAGCCGACCUGGGCCUCCAGAAGUGAGGGGCACCCAGCGCCCUGUCCUGAGUGUGUUGAGGUGAGGGAUUCAGGGCAGCCCAGGGCCUGACUUCCGGCUGAGUGACGUUGGGUGAGGUGCUUACCUCUCUGUGAGAUAUGGUCAGACUUUGUCCCUCAGCUGCCUGUGCUCCCAGGGUGACCCCUAGCUAGUGGUGACAAAGCCACCUAGAUUUCAGACCCCUGGGAGGCUCCUUAGCGUCUUAUGCAUAAACACACUGAGGCUCAGAGAUGCCAAGUGGCUUGCCCAGGAUCACACAGCAGUCAGGGCUGGGACUCUGACCCUGUGCCUCCCCCAGCUGGACAGUGUUUUCAUUGUCUGGAGCCAGGCCACGAGGAGUGGGUGGAAGUUGGGUGGACUCCACCCUUGUAAGCACGGGACAGAGGCCUGCUCUGUGUGCCGAGGUUAGUCGUGUCUGGAAACAGCCUGGUCGCACCUCGGGGUGUGGGAGCCCCAGCAGGAGUGAGGUGGGCCUCUCCUGCUCCCCCACCCAUGCUGCACCCCAUUCUCCCCCACCACUGAGCAUGUGCUAAGCCUCUGCCUGUUCCAAGGUCCAGUGGAAACCCAACUCCCACUACUUCAAGAUCCCAAGAGAGGCAAAUCCUCAUGAGUGUUUGGAGCAAAGCCUGGUUCACCUCACACCUGGGACAGCGUGGUGCCCAGAGGUGCUGACCCCUCUCCAGGAUCCCUCCUGUGCCCUGGUGUCUGGCCUGGAAGGACCAGAGGCUUCUGGGCCCCUAGGGGCCACUUCUGACUCCUGUCCUUCACAGCAAUGCUCAGGGAACAGCAGGGUUGGGACAGAAUAGGCCACCUUCCCAAAGGAGGCCGGGCUGCUGGGUAGAAAAUCCUAGGACCCGGCCACUCUGCUCCCUUCCCGCUGUUGUCCUUAAGCUGCCAUCGGCCCCCAGGCUCUGGAAGCCACUACUGCCUGGGGUCUGGAAGGUCUCUGCUCAACUGCUCUCCCCUGAUCUGCUUCCAUCAGCAGCUUCUGGAGUCCAGAGAUUCCCAAAGGGGCCUCUGGGAGGGCACCACGGUGGGCAGGGCCCAGCAUUGUGGUCAGUUGGGGAGAUCUGGUGCCGCUUCCACUUCCAAUAAUGCCUGUCCCUGUAUGUUGCCAGCAGCUGCCACACCUUAGGCCGUGGGGACAUGGGGCUCGGGCACUGCCAGCUGGGUUUCUGGAAUUGGGGUCCCCACAGAAUAUGGGGGUAUUCACAUCGCUGCCAGCCCCGCUGACGUGUGGUCCUGAGAAAGCCUCCGGGCGGAACAGAGUGGGGCUGUGAACAUGGCAACCCGUCCUCCUCGCACCCACACGCUCUUGGCGGACACUGGGUUCCAGGCUGCCACCAAGAGCAUGUGCCCAGCUCCCACUUCCCGUGUCUGGGGUCGGCCGUGAUGCCCAACCCACUCUAACUGGGUCAUGGGGAGCCCAGAGCCUGGGGUCUGAUGGGGAAGGUCACCAGGUCCCUGAACCUGUCCCCAGGUUCUUUAUCUUCUAGAGUUUGAGCAAAGCCGUUCAAGGUGGAGGAGAAAUCGGGGCCUCCCCAGGCCAGGGCCCUCUGUGAGUGGGGCCUCUCCCUGCGGCUGGAGCACAAACCCACAGGUGGUUUCAUUUUUCCUCUCCAUUGGGGGCAGCUGGGCUGAAGGGUGGGCGUGCGCUGGGGCAGCCUGUGAAGUGUGUCUGCCGACUGGCACCUCUAGGGAAGUGGCCGCUUGCCAGGAGGGAGAGCGGCCACAGGGACGGCUCCUGCCGGCUUCUGGAGAUAGAUAGGUGUCCCCUCCCCCCCGCCUUCUCUAGCUCUGAUGAUUGGGUCUGGCGCACUUUACUUCCCUCCCUCUUGGUCUGUCCAUUUUUUGUCUUCCUAAUCCUGCGUGACCCCCAGCUGGGUGCCUUUGCUCCCUCCUGCCCGGCGCUCCUGUCCCCACCGGCUCUCGCCAGGGCAGGGAGGCGUCCUUGGUGAGUCACUGGCCGUGCCGGGCCAGCGGGUAGGGAGCCUGGGCGAGGUUGCAGUCUUUACAUAAGCUGCUCCUGCCGGGCCUCGUGGCAGCCGGAGUGGCUCCGAGAUCAGCAGAACCAGGGGUUCCGCUGGGGAUUGCACCCUGGACGAGGGCCAGCUUCCUCCUUGCUGCUUUCUAAAAAUGACCCAGUUCCCAGAAGGGCUGUGGGGAGGGAAACAUCGGGUUUCGGUUUCUGUGACAGGGAAGCCAGGGAGAGAGGCCACUUCCUUGCCCCCUGCCCUCACCCCGACAUCCUGUGAUUCAGCGGGGGACAGGCAGGUCCCAGCGGCCCUGGCCGCCUCCCUUCUCUGCAGACGGCCUGCCCACCGCCAGCUGGGCGGAACCUCUGGGCCAGGUGGUGGUUUCUUCCCUUCCUCUGUUCGGGGGGCCUGAGGCCCUCCCCGUGGGGGUCCCGUAAACUUCCUGACCAUGUCUCGUGGUUCAGAAAGCCUGUUUCCCCUCCUCCAAGGACCCCUCCCUUCUCUCUGUCCCCAUUUCUGACCACACGCAGGCUGAGUCCUCGUGUCAGUCGCCUGCUUCCGGCUCAUGAGGUCCUCACAGCCGGGGGUAUGGAGAAUCCAUCCACCGUUAGCAAGACCAGGGGAGCUUUCAGAAACCUGCUAGUGUGUCGGUGGCGGGCAGGUAGAGAGGGAAGGCGGGCGCCGGAGCCAGACUCCUCAGGACCGUGGAAGCACACGUGGGGGCAGGUGGGGAGGGGACGGUGGGCCCAUGCAGCCUGGGGAGGGGGCACCCUGCCAGCGUGUGCCCUGGUAGUGCUCUGGCGGGGGACCCGCGGGGGAGGCCCGGCUCACCCUGGCCGUGGCUGCCGGGACGGGCUCAGCCGGCCGUGCCCAGCUCCACCCUCUGUGGGGAAACCGGCUUCCCCAGCGGCACCAGCUUGUAGUUUCUGAGUCUGUGUUUCUGCCACAUGUGCCAGCUCCUGGCUGCUGCUAAAGGGGUUAGGCUACUGGGUGUGGGCAUAGUGGUGGUUCAGACCCUGGGUCGGUCAACCCGUGGGUGCCUCGGGUGAUGUGAACUCUCUACUGCGCUGCUUCUUUGGAUAUGCACCCCUGCUACCCCAUGCUGGACCCCCUCUCUCUACCCAGGGCCCUUUGGGGGUCUCCUAGGUAUCCUGGGGCUGAAGGCUCUUUUCUGGGGAAGGCCCCACCGAAGCCAAAAUUGUUGCGGGCAAGUGACAGUGGCCAGCCGGGUGGGCCAGGCCCUCAAACCCCGCCCCCCCGCCCACGGUCUGGGCGCCGCUGCAAGCCUGGGGGUCUCAGAGAGCAGCGGAUGUGACUGGGCCAGGAGGAAGCCUGGUCCCAGGCUGUCACAGCUUCCUCUGCAGUGAGGAAGCACUUUGAGGGCGCGGGAGGUAAGGGCUGGGCGGGGCGGUGCUCCCAGUGUUCCAGCACUUUUUCUGUCUGGUCUCUGCCAUCUGGGCUGCCCCAUGCCCUGGACUUGGGUUACGCAGGUGCCCAGAGUGGGUCCGACGACCCCUGCAUCUGCCCCGAGCACUUGCCGCCCCCUCCCCCUCCCUCCCUGAGCCCCGAGGCAGGGGCUGGGCUUCUGGUGCACCUGCCUACCAUCUCUGCACAAGUUGGGGGCACGCGGCCUCAGGAGCAGGCCCUCCCGUCUGUGGUGGAGAGCGACUGGGGCAAAGUGGUGUGUUUUUGUGCAUUUGUUUUUUGGCCACGCCCUGCAGCAUGCGGGAUCUCAGUUCCCCAAACAGGGAUCGAACUCGUGCCCCCUGCAAUGGAAGCGCGGAGGCUUAACCACUGGACCACCAGGGAGGUCCCCAAAGUGGUGUUUUUAUGCCAAAUGUGUGGGCCUCACGUGUGUCAAAGCUGGGCCAUCACCUUGUCCAAUCCCUUCGCUUAACAGAGAAGGAAACUGAGGCUGUGCCGGUCACGCUGCUUACAGGCCAGGGCUCUCAGCACCGCCCUAUGGACAUGGUUAAGUGGCUCCCCGGGAAAAUGUGCCCCAGCCCUGCCUCUGCUCUCCAGGGCCGUGCCACUUCUCUUUGGGACCCCUAGGAUUUCCCUGGGGUUGGUCCAGUCUCACCAGUCCUUCAGCCUUGGAUUGAGUCUGCCCUUCUUCCUGUCAGAAGAUUGGGACAGAUGCCAGCAGCACGGCAAGUCCUGGGCUACGGGUCCCAGCCAGGGGUGGUAUGGCCUUGGAAUGGGAGGGCUAGUUGGGGAAUCUGGGCUGUGCUGGAGAAGGGGGGAAACAGGAGGUCCUCUAGGGACUCAUCCUGGGACAGCAUCCUCCAUCCUUGGCCGGGCAGUGGUCACAGAGCAGGGGUGGGGCAAGCAGCACUCGGUAGAUCCUUCCAGAAUGAGCCACUUCCUGGGCUGGCUGCAGGAUUCCGGAAGACAGUUUCUGUUCAGGGUCAGUGUGGACUGACCAUCUGCAGCUGUGCAUGCGCCCACCCUCUCCCCCGCCUUCCAUCCAGUUAGCCAUUAACAGGGCUAACUGGAUUGUGGACCCUGUGUUGCCCAGGGGUGGGUGGGAGAUACCUACAUGUAGGCAGAUCUCUGUAGGAUGCUAUGAGAAAGUGGUUGAUUUUGGCUGGUGGUAACGUGACAGGCUCCCUGGAGGAGAUGACACUUUACCCUCCUUAAAGCAGCUGGUAGGUGUUGGCCAGGCAGAUGGGGUGGAGCCUGGUGGGCCAGGUACAGGGCCUCAGAUGAGAGGAAGCAGGAGCUUGGGGAGCUGUGGGGGAUGUGGUGUGUCCAGUGGUGUGUGGGGCAGGUUUUGAAGGGCACUGGUGUUGACUGUGGGGAGAUGUAAUCAGCUGUGAGCUCCAGAAGGAUCCUACCUGCUUGGGGACCUUAUCCAAGCUCAAACCCGGCAGCCCCAUGCUUACCACCAGCCUUCCUCCACUGCAUCCCUCCCUCCUUGGUGCCAGUUUCCAAGGGCAGUGCCCACCUGGUGCCUUCUCACUGUACCCUGGUCCCAGAGGAGGCCAAGCUGGAGAACUUUCUGUGCAGGCGUCCCAGGUGAGGCUGUUGUCUUGGAGCUGUCCACAGAGUGGUGCAGAGUGGCGUCCGAGGCGCCAGCCAGGCCAGCACCACGUCCUGUCUGUGAUCUCCGAGUGGCUUCAUCAUCCACGGCCUGUCUGCCCCCUGGGAUGAAGGGUCAGGACUCCCUGCACUAAGCGUAGAAGGGUGAUGUCCAGGUCUUGCUCAGGCCUUAAGCAGGGAGCGUCCUGGGCCUCCAGCUCUGCCUCAGAUCCCUCUCUGGCACCCCCUCCGCACCCAGAGUUCCUCUCACCUGUAAUUGGACGACUUCAGCAACCAAGUGAAAGACCCCGCUCUAAUAUGUAAAGCCAGAGGGGAAUCAGAGGGGAGCCCAGACCCUCCCCCGGCCUCCAGUUCACCCCAUGGCAGCCCCUUGGGCACCUCUGGGUAACCCCAGCCCGCUGAGGAACACAGUUUGCAAAGUGCUGAGAUGCUCGACCAAGUUUCCCUCCAGGCUGGACUCUCUACUCUGUCUCCCUGAUAGGAGGCUGUCCAGCCUGAAGGGUACCCCAGCUUUAAGGAGGGGGGGGCGCCUGUUUCCCGAGGAGACUUCAGGCACUAUAGCCAGAGCAGUUUGAGUCCCAGCUGCUCCCCUUCCUGGCUGUGUGAGCUUGGGCAAGUUACUCAACCCCUCUGAGCUUCCAUUCUUUUUUUGUUUUGUUUUGUUUUUGGUUUUGUUUUUUUUACCAUACGCAGGCCUCUCACUGUCGUGGCCUCUCCCGUUGCAGAGCACAGGCUCCGGACGCGCAGGCUCAGCGGCCAUGGCUCACGGGCCCAGCCGCUCUGCGGCACGUGGGAUCUUCCCGGACCGGGGCACAAACCUGUGUCCCCUGCAUCGGCAGGCAGACUCUCAACCACUGCGCCACCAGGGAAGCCCUGAGCUUCCAUUCUUAUCCACAAAAUGAAAGCGAUGAUAAUGUCUGUCUCGAAGGGUGUUUUGAGGACAAAGCGGGAUAAUGCACGCGAAGGGCCGAGGAAGGCCUGGCCCACCCGGGGCCCUGACCCUGUCCUGCCCCCGACGGCCCUUGGCGUUCUACCAAGCCGGGGCUGCCGAGUGCUCUGCUACACGGUAAUGUCCCCUAUGCGGGACUUCUCAAAAACAAAGGCUUGCCCUGGAGUUGUUCACUUUUUUUGCACCAAGCUGCAUAUGUGGCAUCUUAGUUCCCCGACUAGGGCUAGAACCCGUGCCCCCUGCCGUGGAAGCACAGUCUCUUAACCCCUGGACCACGAGGGAAGUCCGCAAGUUGUUCGCUUUUUAAUCCUUACUUUUAUGUUGUGUGGAUUUUACCUUAAAAAAAUUGUUAAUUUAAAGAACCAAAACAACAGCAAAACAUUUCCGAAUCAUUUGAACACUGCCUUGAAUAUUUGGCUUACUUUAAUUGAAAACAGCUCUUAAUCAGAAGAUAGCCAAUAAUGCCUGCGUGUUUUAAAGUUAAAUGUUUCUAGUAAAGUUCUGUAGAAACAGGAAAAGAAAGUAGGGACCAUCUUGAUUAUGGUUCCCAGCCCAGAGCCCAGGUCUUUAGGUGGUUUUAUUAGGUAAAUGCCCAGAGGCUGCUGGCCUCCAGGCCCUCUGAAGCAUCCAGCUCAUCACCACAAGGGCCUUUACUCCAGGGGGACGAGGAAGAGAAUAUAUCUCUUAAUCCCUCACCUAUGAAGCUGGUGGAAUUAUCCCCAUUUUAUAGAUGAGGAGACUGAGGUCAAUAAGAUCAAAAGGUGCAGUAGUCCUGACAUGCACCCUUGAGCCUGCCCUCCCUUCCUUAUAGGCUGUGAGCACCAAGGGAGCUGCCCUGCUUGACCUGGAGCCAUCCGUCCAUCUUUCCUUCUGUCUCUGCAUCCAUCCACCUCUCCGCAGAGCUGAGGCUUCACCCUAGAGCAUCUGUGCAGAGUGAGGAAAGGACUAGAACAUGCUCUAAAGCCCUCUGCAACAAGACCCAGGAAGGUGUGAGCUCAACCCAGACCCUGAAGGUAGAAAUCUGGGUAGCCGAGUGGGCUGGACCCCAGGUACCAGCUGCUUUGCUUGCCUGCUUAUCUGAUUUUCAACAACUACGUCCUAAUGCUGCAUGGGGGCCAGCACUCUUCUGGUAGUGGAGAUGCAGCUGCGAAUGAGUCAGAAAGAGGACAGCGACAGCGAGGGAGGUGAGCAGGGUGAAGUGAUGGAGAGGCACAUGGGGUAGAGGGGGAGCUGCCUCAGGCAGCCAGGGAGGGCUGCUUGGAGGAGGUGGCGCUCAAGCUGGGACCAGAAUGAUGAGAAGGAGCUACCUGCUCUGCUGUGCGAUGAUCUUAUCUGGGGAGGAAGGGACCAGCAGGGGCAGAGGCCCAACGUUUAUGGAGCACCUGCUGGAGACUUUUUUUUAACCAGCUUUACUGAGAUAUAGUUCACAUUUAAUUUAUGUAAUUCACAUAAAACUCAUCCAUUUAAAGUGUACGGUUGAAUGGUUUUUAGUAUAUUCACAGGUGUAUGUAACCAUCACCACUGUCAACUGUAGAACAUUUUCAUCAUCUCAGAGUAAAACCCACGCCCCUUAGCUGUCAUCCUCCAGCCCCCUCCCCCAGCCCUAAGCCACGACUCAUCCUUCUGUCUCUAUAGAUUUGCCUCUUCUGGACUUGUAUUUGGACCCCUGGAGUAAGUGGUCUCUUUGUGUCUGGCUUCUCUCACCUAGCAUAACAUCCCCCAGGUUCAUCCACACUGUAGCCCAUCUCAGCGUAGCAUUCCUGUUCGUGGCUGAGUAAUUGUCCACGGUGUGGAUUAACACAUUUUUUUAUCCAUUUGUAUGUUUUUUUCCCACAGAUCAUAGUACACUUUAAAAAAAAUCUUAAUAUUAUAGUUGUACAAUGUGUUAGUUUCAGGUGUACAGCAAAAUGAUUCAGUUAUACGUGUACAUUUAUCUCUUCUUUUUAAGAUUCUUUUCCUAUAUAGGUUAUUACAGAAUAUUGAAUAGAGUUCCCUGUGCUAUACAGGAGGUCCUUGUUGAUUAUGUUAUGUAUAGUGGCGUGUGUAUGUUAAUCCCAACCUCCUAAUUUAUCCCUCCCCCCAUCCAUUUGUAUGUCGGUGAGCAUUUGGCUUGUUUAUACCUUUGGGCCGCAAUGAACAGGCCGCUGUGAACAUUCCUGAACAAGUUUCUGUGGCCAUGCUGCCUGAGUGUGUGUCAUGCGUACAGUCGUUUGAUGCCCAGGACACCUCUCCGGCGGAGCGGGUUAUUCCUCCCUCGUAAGGUGAGGACUUGGGUGACCCAUGGUCAAGUGCAGGUCAAACCCUGGCCACCCGGCUCCAGUCUGUGCUUUUGACCACAAGCCCUCAGCACCUCCUCACAGAGGCUUCGUAGGUGCGGGGCGGUGAGGGGCCCAGGGUGGCCUGAUGGGGUGGGGAAGGAACAAGGAGGAGACAAAGCCACAAAGGGUCCAGAGGCCCCAGUGAGAAGUUUGGACUUUGCUUUAAGUGAGAGCUGGAGAUCCUGGCCUAGCGUUGAGCAGGGAGUGACAUGGUAUGAUUUGCAUGUUUCAAAGGUGGAUUCUGCCGCCGUGUGGAAAAUGGUCCCGGGGUGGGAGCUCGGGGGGCAGCAGGUAGAGGAAUCUGGAGGCUGUGGUCCUUCAGCUGAGAAGCAACGGUGGCUCUUCUAGGAGCUGGACAGAGAGUGGGGAGCGGACAGACUGGGAACAGAGGUGGCUGCUGCCUUGCCCGGCCGUCCCACACCUCGGCGCCCGUCCCAUGGCUGGAGGGCUCCUGUGUGACUCUCCCCUGAGUUGGCAGAUGGAUGUGAGGUCCCUGGCCUUGUGCGAGGGGAGAGAAAUCAAACCUGCCCCAGCAGCCUUGGGACGUGGGGAGAGGAAAUAGUGAAGGGUUUUAGCAAGAAAAAAGUCACGGGCAGUGUGAGAGAUGAAAUGGAGAGAAUAGAUGAGGCGGAGGUGUUAGUUCUGGUGGGUCAAAGGGGGUAUGAGUGUCAGUGGCACCAUGAUGGCUGUGGAAAAGCCCCAGGUGGAGGUAAACUGCUACUUCCUCCUGGCUGGGCCAUUUGGCAAGAUCCAUUGAAAUUCAAGAUGCAAUUACUCUUCAAUCCAGCAACUCCACUUCUAGAAGUUCGUCUUGCGAUAAUACUGGGACAAGUACACACGGUAUAGGCAAGGGUGUUCGUUAACACUGGACAUGAAUCUAAACAACCAUCAGUCUGGAAUUAAGUAAAUCUUGGUACAUUCCACUCAGUGAAACCUUCCCAGUCAUCAAGAAAGAUCAGGUAAAGCUAUCUGUCUGCAUUGACAGGGAAGGAUGUCCACGCUAUAGAAGAAAAGGUAUGAGUGCGUGUAAAAUGUUAAGUACACGUGUCCUUUUCCAAGUGCAGAGAGGCACCUGGAGAGGGGUGCACACCGAGCUCUUUCCUGGAACGUGGGGUGACAGGCGGGCCAGGAGUUCACUUUUCUGCUUUACAGUCUUCUGAGUCUUUUUUUUUUUUUGGCAAGGUUCAUAUAUCAUCUUUAUCAUUAAGAUAUAAUAUUCUUCCUUUGUGAAAAGAAAAAAGUACCAGACAGGUGGCAGUUUCACUUUCCUUUGAAAGAGGAACCUGCCAACCCUGGGGGACAGGGACCAGUACGGUGGCUUUCUCAUCUACCUGCGAAUUAGGCUGAGCUGCUCCUUCCUUGCUCAAAGCCCAGGGAUCUCUCCUCUGAGAACCACCUGCUCCCUGCACAGCUGUGGGCCCCUUGUCUGUGGGCUGCCUGGAGCCUUUCCCCUUGUCCUCCCCCAAGCCCUGCCCCCAGGACGAAGGCAGGGCUCUUUGGCCAAGGAAGCUGCCUCCGGCCCCCUGGGCUGCUCUGGCCAGGCUGAUGAGGUGGCCAAGAUCACAGCAGCUCUGCAUCCCUGGCCCUCAAUGUUCCUUUCUGGGUGAGGUCCUCGCCUGAAGCAGAGAGACUGGAAAUGGAACGAGGUGGUGAGCUGGGGACCUCCCAGACCCCUGCUGCCCUGGAAUGCAAAUGAAGGAUGAAAAUACACCUUCUCACCCUGCCCCACGCAGCCCAGAGUCAGUCUCUGCUUCAUGGUUUAGUGUCCAGAGUUAGGUUUUUGUUCUGUUUUGUUUUUUUCGUUGAUAUACUUUUAUUUGGGAAUGUUUAAAUCAAUACAGAGAAACUAAAUUUCAGAGACACUGAAUAUCAUGAGUUUGGAUAUCAUUACUUUAUUGUAAAAGAAACAUGGAAAUUAUUUACAUGAUGAAAGAUUUCAGAACUUCAGUGGCAGCUUCACGUGAUGCCAUUUCGAUAGUGACUUAUUUUAGUCGACGUAUUUUCCAAGAAUGUCACCGUCUUUAAAGAAGGAAUCAUCCUUGUCGUCUAGAACUACUUUGGUGCCUUCAUAUUCUGGGAGAAGAGCUUUAUCUCCCACUUUCACACUAACUGGUUGAAUCUCUCCACCCUUUCCUUUAGAGCCGGAUCCAACAGCUACUACCGUUGCUUGCAAUACUUUUCCUUGUGAUUUUUCUGGAAGCAUAAUGCCUCCUUUGGUUACAAUUUCGGCUGCACUUCUUUCAACCUUCGCCUCCCUUCCCGGAAAUCCAGAGUUAGGUUUGAACCAACUUUCUACAGGUUGUUCUCAGUCUGGGCUGCCUGCCCAGGUACCACCCUGACACCCUGGACUGUCCCCGUGUCCCCUCCUGUCCUGCUGCCUCUUGACACACCUGUGCCCCCUCCCUGUUUCCAUUCCAGCUGCCUCACCCGCCCGCCCACCAUGGCCUCCGCUGACAAGAAUGGCGAGAGCGUCUCCUCGGUGUCCAGUAGCCGCCUGCAGAGCCGGAAGCCACCCAACCUAUCCAUCGCCAUCCCUCCGCCCAGGACCCCGGACCCCAGCGAGCAGGCCAGCAUGCUGCCCCAGAGGCCCAGGAACCCAGCCUUCCUGAAGAGCGUCAGCCUCCAGGAGCCGAGGGCACGAUGGCAGGAGGGCGGCUCGGAGAAGCGCCCCGGCUUCCGCCGACAGGCCUCCCUGUCCCAGAGCAUCCGCAGGGGCACGGCCCAGUGGUUCGGGGUCAGCAGCGACUGGGAGCAGAAGCACCAGCACUGGCAGCGCAGGAGCCUGCGCCACUGCAGCGCCCGCUACGGCCGGCUCAAGGCCUCGUGCCAGCGGGACCUGGAGCUCCCCAGCCAAGAGUUGCCUUCCUUCCAGGGCACCGAGUCUCCAAGACCCUGCAAGAUGCCCAAGAUUGUGGAUCCCCUGGCCCGAGGACGGGCGUUCCGCCACCCGGACGAGGUGGACCGGCCCCACGCCCCGCACCCACCCCUGACCCCUGGGGUCCUGUCCCUCACCUCCUUCACCAGCGUCCGCUCCGGCGGCUAUUCCCACCUGCCCCACCGCAAGAGGAUCUCUGUGGCCCACAUGAGCUUUCAAGCUGCCACGGCCUUCCUCAAGGGGCGCUCGGUAAUGGAUGCCGCAGGACAGCGGUACCGGGUGGUCAAGCGCAGCUUUGCCUACCCCAGCUUCCUGGAGGAGGAUGCGGUCGAUGGAGCAGAGACAUUCUACUCCUCAUUUUUUAGUAAGGAAGAAAUGAGCUCCGUGCCUGACGAUGUGUUUGAGUCGCCCCCACUCUCUGCCAGCUACUUCCGGGGCAUCCCACGCUCGGCCUCCCCGGUCUCCCCCGAAGAGGUGCAGAUCCCUCUGAAGGAGUCUGACCGAGACCAGGUGCCCGCGGCCAAACGUGGCAAGCGUAUCGCAUCCAAGGUGAAGCACUUUGCCUUCGACCGGAAGAAGCGGCACUACGGCCUGGGUGUUGUGGGCAACUGGCUGAACCGCAGCUACCGCCGCAGCAUCAGUAGCACCGUGCAGCGCCAGCUGGAGAGCUUCGACAGUCACCGGCCCUACUUCACCUACUGGCUGACCUUCGUCCACGUCAUCAUCACACUGCUGGUGAUUUGCACGUACGGCAUCGCGCCGGUGGGCUUCGCCCAGCACGUCACCACCCAGCUGGUACUCAGGAACAGAGGUGUGUACGAGAGCAUGAAGUACAUCCAGCAGGAGAACUUCUGGAUUGGCCCCAGCUCGAUUGACUUGAUCCAUCUGGGAGCCAAGUUCUCACCCUGCAUCCGGAAGGACCAGCAGAUCGAGCAGCUGGUGCUGCGGGAGCGAGACCUGGAGCGGGACUCGGGCUGCUGUGUCCAGAAUGACCACUCGGGCUGCAUCCAGACGCUGCAGCAGGACUGCUCGGAGACUUUGGCCACUUUUGUCAAGUGGCAGGAUGAUACGGGGCCCCCCAUGGACAAGUCUGCGCUGGGCCAAAAGCGGACAUCGGGGGCCGUGUGCAACCAGGACCCCAGAACCUGCGAGGAGCCGGCCUCCAGUGGUGCCCACAUCUGGCCCGAUGACAUCACCAAGUGGCCGAUCUGCACGGAGCAGGCCAAGAGUAACCGCUCGGGCUUCCCGCACAUGGACUGCCAGAUUCGGGGCCGCCCCUGCUGCAUCGGCACCAAGGGCAGCUGUGAGGUCACCACUCGGGAAUACUGCGAGUUCGUGCACGGCUAUUUCCACGAAGAGGCCACGCUCUGCUCCCAGGUGCACUGCUUGGACAAGGUGUGUGGGCUGCUGCCCUUCCUCAAUCCUGAGGUCCCAGAUCAGUUCUACAGGCUCUGGCUGUCUCUGUUCCUCCACGCUGGCGUGGUGCACUGCCUCGUGUCUGUGAUCUUCCAAAUGACCAUCCUACGGGACCUGGAGAAGCUGGCCGGCUGGCACCGCAUCGCCAUCAUCUUCAUUCUCAGCGGCAUCACUGGCAACCUUGCCAGUGCCAUCUUCCUCCCGUACCGCGCGGAGGUGGGCCCGGCAGGGUCGCAGUUCGGCCUCCUGGCCUGCCUCUUCGUGGAGCUCUUCCAGAGCUGGCAGCUGCUGGAGCGGCCCUGGAAGGCCUUCCUGAACCUGUCGGCCAUCGUGCUCUUCCUGUUCAUCUGCGGCCUCCUGCCCUGGAUCGACAACAUCGCCCACAUCUUUGGCUUCCUCAGCGGCCUGCUGCUGGCCUUCGCCUUCCUGCCCUACAUCACCUUCGGCACGAGCGACAAGUACCGCAAGCGCGCCCUCAUCCUCGUGUCGCUGCUGGUCUUCGCCGGCCUCUUCGCCUCGCUGGUCAUCUGGCUCUACGUCUACCCCAUCCACUGGCCCUGGAUCGAGUACCUCACCUGCUUCCCCUUCACCAGCCACUUCUGCGAGAAGUACGAGCUGGACCAGGUGCUGCACUGACCACCUGCCUGGCGGGGCUGGCACGGCUGCUCCCACGCAGCGCUGAGGACAGGGAGACUGUGCCCGGGCCAGGCUGCCUGCCUGCACAGCGCCCACCCCCGCUCCAGAGACCCUGGGGGGCCGGCCCUGCUCCCAGGAGCUCUGCCCCCAGGAGAGGCUGAGUCUGCGGGAGACGGUCAUCAAGGGCGGCUCCUUGGGGGACUGAGGGCCCCCUUCCCCAGGCCUGGGCUGGGGGACACUCCGAACAUGUGUUUCUCUGCAGCUCAGGGCCCAGGCCCUGACAUCACCCUGCUCCCCUGCUGUCAGGACCACUUCCUGGGGGGUGGGCUCCUUUCUUCCCAAGGUCCUGGGCUGCUGCCCAUCUCCCACCUCUGGCUCUGCUGGUACGUUCCCCCUCCCCGUUGCUGUGAGCCUGCCCUUCCUGGGGACCUGGCUGGGGUUCCCACCAGGUUCCCAGCCCUGCCUGGCCACGGCCCCUACCUGUUUCCCCUCCCAUCUCUGCCCUGUGAAUCCAUGCCCUGCACUCAUCCCUGGCCUGGUGAGCCUGCCCACAAGGCUCCGGGUCCAAACCUUCUGGGACAGGGUUUGGCAGUGGUCUGGGGCAGAGAAGGAGCAAAGAGACACAGACCGGCAAUCCGAGAGCCUCCGCUGAGCUCAGCAAACAGAGGCUGAACCUGCCCCGCACCCAGGCCCCCCAGCCCCUCCCAGCCCAGUCCCUUCCUUCAAGUCAGUGUUCUGCCUCCUGGGGCUGGACUGAUGCCAGCCAGCCAACCAUCCUUUGCCUCACUCCUGCCCAGGUGAGGGCAGGGCCACCCCAAGGACCCGUGUCCAGGGGUUGUCCAAGGUCAAUCAGGCCUUUUUUUUUUUUUUUUUUUUUUUUACCAGUUAAUUUUUUUUAAAGUAACGCUAACUUUGUAUGGACGAUGUCUGAAAUGUAUUAAAUGAUAUUCUUUAAGAAA